AUGCCUAGGCUACUUCAAUAUCUAACAUCUCCAAACCCCGAAGUUGAUCGGACAGCUCUUCAACCGGGUGCAAAUACCAACCCUGCUGGGACCUACGAAAUUGAGGGUGUCCAGCCCUGGGACGAUUUCACUCUUAAUACGAUCAUGAAUUGUUACGGGGACGUUCUUUUGCGUGAUGUUGAGGCGGAGGACCUUUACCAUCCACCACCAAUACCCCAGUACCACCUCAAGCUCACAGAUGAAGAAUGUGUAGGGAGCAUUUUUAAGAAGCACAAUCAUGUUAUCAUCGACCGGGCUCUCCAACUGGCGCAACCCCAUCUGGGCGGCCGCGGCCUGCACCUUCCAAUUUCCAUGUCCUGGGGAUCGCUGUCUUAUCUACAGGAAGAUCCCAGAUUGCGCCCUGACUGGGCUGGUACCAUCCAUUCGGGAAAGCCGCCGUUCCCAAACCGUGUUCCUGGAGAUACCAAGCUGUCGGCGAAAUGGAAAUCCAACAUGAAAGACUCACCCAAGACAGGAGCUCAGGACGAAUACAUGAAACCACUUCGCCAGCUACUCCUAUACUGUAUCCGCGUACACGGGUGCGGGAAACCCAGACAUAAAUGA